AGAUACAAGAGCAAUACCAUUUAUUAAGUCCGUAUUUAUAAUGAUCCAACCAAUAACAUGUAACAGGAAGUAGGUAAAUCUUGUAUUUGCAGAAUAUUUUGAUUUUUUUUCCAUUGUCUGUUUUCUAAGUCCCUCUUAUUGCUUAAUCAGGGUUAUUAUAUAUAUAAAGUGGCAAUGCUCUUCUUGUAUUUGUUAAGGGAUAAUAUUUGUCAUUGUCACUUCACACUGAAAUUUCUGACAGGUCUUCAGAAAGGAAGUGAUAUUUGUUGUUGAUUUAAGUGGGAGCAUGAAGGGAAAACCAAUUGAGGCUACCAAACAAGCGCUUUGUACGGCGUUGUCAAAAUUUGAUUCUCAAGAUCUGUUUAAUAUAAUAGCUUUCAACAGCGAAAAGAAUCUUUUUUCAUCAUCGCUCGAGUUGGCAACUAAGAACACUAUUGAAAACGCAACCCAGUGGAUUGGAACGAAUUUUAUUGCUGGUGGCGGCACAAAUAUUUUGGAUCCAUUGACUCAGGCCAUGGAGAUGUUUUCCUGUGCCCAGCAACAAAUUCCUAUUGUUUUCCUGAUCACUGAUGGAGCUGUUGAAGAUGAAAGACACAUCUAUGAUGUUCUGAAGAGUCAUCUGAUGCAAAACCAAAUGAUAAGCCCGCGGCUUUACACAUUUGGCAUAGGAUUGUUCUGCAACCAUUACUUUCUCCGCAUGCUUGCAGUGGCGAGUCGUGGCCACUAUAAUGCUGCUUAUGAUGUUGAUUCCAUUGAAAUUCGUAUGGAACAGCUGUUCUCCAGGGCAUCAUCUGUCAUUCUUGCGAAUAUUGCAUUUGAGAACCUUGACGGUCUUGAAGAAUUUGAGGUGCGCAUGUGAGGAUAUUUGUCCUUUUAUUUAUAGUUCUUGGAUGGAUCACAAUUAU